GGCAACGGCCGGCAGUACCUGGAGCUGGAGCUGGGCCGCGGGGUGCUGCUAGUGCGGGAGCGCAUGGACCGGGAGGCGCUCUGCGAGCUGAGGCCCUCCUGCUUCCUCAGCCUGGAGCUAGUCAUCGAGCAGCCCAUCGAGGUGCACAACGUGGAGGUGGAGGUGCUGGACAUCAACGACAAUGCGCCGCGCUUCCCCCGCCAGGACUACCGGCUGGACAUCAGUGAGUCUGCUGUGCCCGGGGCCCGCUUCCACAUUGAGAGUGCCCAGGACCCCGAUGUGGGCACCAACUCUGUGCAGAGCUACCAGCUCAGCCCCAGCCACCACUUUGCCCUGGACCUCAAAGGCUUCCAGCGGGGCAGUAAACUCCUGGAGCUGGUGCUGCAGCAGCCACUGGACCGGGAACAGAGUGCCCUGCAGCAGCUGGUGCUCACCGCUGUGGAUGGUGGGGACCCCCCCAAGUCUGGCACAGCCCAGAUUUCUGUACGGGUUGUGGACACCAAUGACAACCCACCUGCCUUCGACCGCUCCACCUACACUGUGAGCCUCCUGGAGAAUGCCCCACCUGGCACGCUAGUGGUCAAACUCAAUGCCUCGGACCCUGAUGAGGGCUCCAAUGGGGAUGUGAUCUACUCCUUUGGCAGCUACACCCCACAGAAGGUGAGACAGCUUUUCAGUGUGGACCCACACUCAGGGGAGGUACGGGUUAAUGGUACCUUGGACUAUGAAGAGGCGUCCUCCUAUGAGAUCUAUGUGCAAGCCACUGACCAGGGCCCUGUCUCCAUGGCUGGGCAUUGCAAAGUGUUGGUCAACAUUGUGGAUGCCAAUGAUAAUGUUCCUGAGGUGGUCCUGACUUCUCUGUACAGUCCGGUGCCAGAGGAUGCAAAGGCAGGAACUGUGGUGGCCUUGAUGAGUGUCACUGACCAGGACUCAGGACUGAAUAAGCAGGUGAAUCUGCGUAUCCCCCCCGGCCUCCCCUUCACACUCAACUCCUUCAAGAACUCCUAUACCCUGAUCACUCAGGGCAACCUGGACCGUGAGAAGGCAGCAUCCUACAACAUCACAGUUACAGCUACUGACUCUGGGAGCCCCCCCCUCUCCUCCCAGAAAGUGAUCCAUGUGGAGAUCUCUGACAUCAAUGACAAUCCCCCAUACUUUGAGGAACCUGUCUACUCAGUUUACAUCCCUGAGAACAAUCCCCUCGGGGUCUUGCUAUGCACUGUUAAAGCCACCGACCCAGAUGUCGCCGAAAAUGCCUAUGUAUCCUAUUCUCUACUAGAUGGGGAUAUUGAAGGGCUACCUGUCACCUCCUAUGUCUCCAUUAAAUCUGAUAAUGGCAACAUAUAUGCUGUCAACUCCUUUGACUAUGAGACACUAAGGGAGUUCCAAGUGGUUGUCCAGGCUCAGGAUGCUGGGAUCCCACCACUGAGCAGCACUGUCACUGUCCACAUCUACGUCAUGGAUGAAAAUGACCAUGCUCCACAGAUUCUGUAUCCUACCUCAACCAACACUUCAGCAGCCCUGGAGAUGAUCCCACGCUCAGCAAAUGCAGGAUAUUUGGUAACCAAAGUUAUAGCCAUUGAUGGAGACUCGGGACAAAAUGCCUGGUUGUUCUACCACCUGGUACAAACCUCGGAUUCAGACCUAUUCAGGGUGGAGCUCCAUAGUGGGGAAAUUAGGACUACUCGCAAAUUGGGGGAGGAGAGCACACCUACUUACAACCUGACAGUGGAGGUGAGAGACAAUGGAGAGCCAGCAAUGUCCUCAUCAGUGGCCAUCAUGGUUGCCGUGGUGGACAGAGUGUCCAAAAUCAUCCCUGACACAAGAAGGCACAUUAAAAGUACGAGGAAUUACUCAGAGAUCACUCUUUAUCUCAUUAUCGCUUUGAGCGCCAUCUCCUUCGUUUUCCUUUUCACAAUUAUUGGGCUUACUAUUAUCAAGUGCUACAGAUACAGUCUGUAUGGGGACUCCUGCUGUGCGGGUUUCUGUGGGGUCAGAGAACGAUGCCCUGCUGAAAUGUACAAGCAGGCCAACAACAACAUCGAUACUAGGUUACCCCAUGGUUUAAAAGUGCAGCCCCAUUUCAUUGAAGUGAGGGGCAACGGGUCUCUCACUAAGACCUACUGCUAUAAGGCAUGCCUAACUGCAGGAUCAGGAAGUGACACUUUUAUGUUUUACAAUACUUGUGGCCCAACAGGAACUGGUCCCUCUGCAGUGAUGACUGAGAGGCAUCUGACAGGACAGAGUGGGCAGAGUGCACAAAACCUGAUCAUACUUAAAAAUGACUCCAUUACUCCUAAUGAGAAAGUAGCCCUGGUGCCUGGAAGAACCAGCGGGAGCAAACUUGCUGUGCAUAUGGAGGAGGCAGGAAUCUUACGUGGAGGACCAGGAGGGCCUGAUCAGCAGUGGCCGACAGUCUCCAGUGCUACUCCAGAACCUGAGGCGGGAGAGGUGUCCCCUCCAGUGGGAGCUGGUGUGAACAGCAACAGCUGGACCUUUAAAUUUGGACCGGGCAAUCCCAAACAAAGUGGUCCUGGUGAGUUGCCAGACAAAUUCAUUAUCCCGGGAUCUCCUGCAAUCAUCUCCAUCCGGCAGGAGCCGCCAAACAGCCAAAUUGACAAAAGUGACUUCAUUACCUUUGGCAAGAAGGAGGAGACCAAGAAAAAGAAGAAAAAGAAGAAGGGAAACAAGACUCAGGAGAAAAAAGAAAAGGGGAACAGCACCACUGAGAACAGUGACCAGUGAGGGCUUAUACUCAAAGAACCCACUUAGCCAGUUUUUGUAAUAAUGGCAGAUUUCUCCUAUGUAGCAACUCCCAACUUCUUCCUACUGUUAACAAAUUUCCUGUAUGUACAGACUUCAGAAAAUCAGCAGGAAAUUCACAGUGUCUGUCUAAAUUGCUUAACAGGUUUUGUCUUAAAAGCUUUAUUAAGUCUGGUGUUAACUCUUUUUCUCCACUCUGGCUUGUUUUCAGAAUCUAAAAAGCAGACACAAGUUUCCUUUCUCCUACGCCGAAAAGGAGAAUCUUCACAGUACAGCCAGUGAGAGGUUGGACUCUCUGCACUGUGGUUCCUGUGCUCCUGUCUUGAUGACACUUAUAGACAGGUUUAAAAGUUUUAAUAUUGUGCAGCCUAUACCUGAUUGGAAAUAUGUGUGCAGAUGUCAGCUAGGUGAUGUAAGCUCAGAUCAUAAGACGCAAGAAGAGCUGGUAAAUAUGCAACAGAGGAAACACCUAAUGAAUAAAAAUGUUCUAAGAUGUUCGGGCUGAGGAGGAAAUGUCUGAAAGGAGAUGACCAGACUUUUCAAAUCCAGAGAAGUGUGGGAAUACUGAAUCCUGUACAUUACGUAUUGUACACACGCCUGCAAAUAAAACCUCACAUUUACAGCUCUUUAAGAUACCAUAAAUUAUAUCUCUUACCAAGCCAUUAGGAAUAUUGUCCCUUAAAGCCCUGCAUUACCCUGGCAAGGCUAGCCCUCAGAGUGUAAGAAGGACAGGGCUAACAUCCCAGGAAUGUAACUGACUGUGAUGCUCUGUGUCCCUGUUUCCACUCUAACAUUAUUUUGCACAUUAUGUCUCUGAAAAGGUCAGAGGUUUUCCAUGACACAUAUGCAAAAGAGAGAGAAAAGAAACAUGUUAACUAUGCUAUUUGUUAUUUGAGAUAUUUAUUUAUAAAGAAAUAUAGCUGUAAAUGUUAAAAAAAUGCCCUUUAACCCAAACAGAAGUCAGACUAGAGCCAUUAUAAAUUAAAUUGCUGCUAUUCAAGUGCUUUAGAAAAAUUGCCUGAAACAUCUGUAUUAUAUCGGCCACUUGCCAAUAACAGCUUUAUUCUGUCGGGUCACUUGGGGCUGCCUCUUGCAUGUAUUAAUAAAUACAAUAGGUUUUUUUUUUCUUUGCAUUAAUAUGCACUUUGAAUACACAUUUGCAAACAAACUGUCCUAAUAUGAUGAAACAAAAGCAAUUCCUCACACAAAUGGAUUUACUAACCUGCUAGCUCUGUGCAGUACCUUGGUGUUACCGCCCACACACCCUUUUCUGAUUUUAGCUUUACUUUUAUAUGAGAUUAUGAAUUGCUGACCCUACUAACACUCAUUAUGUAAAAUUCAAGUACUGUAUGUAUGCUGUAUGCGCUUAUAAGAAUCCUGAAAUAUUUAUUCUGUGCUUGUGUAUGUGAAUGUCAAUGCAACUAUUAUUAGGGUGGACUUUAAGCUUUACUGUUGAAUGUAAAUCCAUUAUUUCUUUUUUGUACACUUGUGAAAAGGUGGAGUAGUGUUAAUUUUUUAAGCCACUGUUGAUUAUCAGUUUUUGUGUAUGAAACACAAGUAAAAUAUCUUUCUUAAAUCAA